CACGUGGCCAGCAAGCCCACGGGGCUGGUGGGCGGGGGCCCGGCUGGAGCUCCGCAGCUGUCAGUGAGUCUAGGAGCCCGCGGGCCCCCUUUGGCCCCGAGACUCCGGCAUGGUGCGCGCGAGCGCUGUGGGGACGCAGCUCCCCACGUCUGGCUUGGACAUCUUCGGAGACUUGAGAAAGAUGAACAAACGCCAGCUCUAUUACCAGGUUUUAAACUUCGCCAUGAUCGUGUCUUCUGCGCUCAUGAUCUGGAAGGGCUUGAUCGUCCUCACCGGCAGCGAGAGCCCCAUUGUGGUGGUGCUGAGUGGCAGCAUGGAGCCAGCCUUUCACAGGGGCGACCUUCUGUUCCUAACAAACUUCCGGGAAGACCCUAUUAGAGCUGGUGAAAUCGUGGUUUUUAAGGUGGAAGGACGAGACAUUCCAAUAGUUCACAGAGUAAUCAAAGUUCAUGAAAAAGAUAACGGAGACAUCAAAUUUCUGACUAAAGGAGACAAUAACGAAGUGGAUGACAGAGGCCUGUACAAGGAGGGCCAGAACUGGCUGGAGAAGAAGGACGUGGUGGGCAGGGCCAGAGGGUUUUUACCAUAUGUUGGUAUGGUCACCAUAAUAAUGAAUGACUACCCCAAAUUCAAGUACGCUCUUUUGGCUGUGAUGGGUGCCUACGUGUUACUAAAACGUGAAUCCUAAAAUGAGAAGCCAUUCCUGGGACCAGAUUGAAAUGGAUUCUAUUGAAAAAGAGGAGAACUAAUAAUAUAUUUGAAAUAUUCCACUUUCUGUAUAAAAGGGAAACAAUGUGGAGACGUUUGUGUCUUGUCCAAAUAAAUGACUCAUCAGUAAAGAUGGUUUU